CCCCACCCAAUUGUAUUCCGAGGAAGAGCAGCCGGAAAAGCCUCCGCCUGCUCAGCCCAGGAUAAGCGAGAAGCUAGUUGCUUCAUGCAGCCAGCUCGUUGAGCCCCAGGAACCUCCGUGACGGCCGGCACGGCAGCACCCAAGGCCGCAAGCACAACCUGGGCUCAGCUCCAGCUGGGGGCGGGCGGGGCGGGGCGGGGCGGGGAGGGAUCGGCUUCAGCACCACGGACAGCGCUCAGCCCGCGGCCCUCCAGCCUGCGGCGCGCUCCCACCACUUUAGGCGAGCCGGCGAGCUAUGCCAGAGGCAUGGCCUGGCGCUCUGGCCCCAUGGCGCUGCUCCUCAGCAUCGGCCUCCUCGGGCUGUGCUCAGGAGUCUGGGGUACAGACACAGAGGAGCGGCUGGUGGAGCAUCUCCUGGAUCCUUCCCGCUACAACAAGCUUAUCCGCCCAGCCACCAAUGGCUCUGAGUUGGUGACAGUACAGCUCAUGGUAUCAUUAGCCCAGCUCAUCAGUGUGCAUGAGCGAGAGCAGAUCAUGACCACUAAUGUCUGGCUGACUCAGGAGUGGGAGGAUUAUCGCCUCACCUGGAAGCCUGAGGAAUUUGACAACAUGAAGAAAGUUCGGCUCCCUUCCAAACACAUCUGGCUCCCAGAUGUGGUCUUGUACAACAACGCUGAUGGCAUGUAUGAGGUUUCCUUCUAUUCCAAUGCCGUGGUCUCCUAUGAUGGAAGCAUCUUCUGGCUGCCGCCCGCAAUCUACAAGAGCGCCUGCAAGAUCGAAGUAAAGCACUUCCCCUUUGACCAGCAGAACUGCACCAUGAAGUUCCGCUCGUGGACCUAUGACCGCACGGAGAUCGACCUGGUGCUCAAGAGUGACGUGGCCAGCCUGGAUGACUUCACACCCAGUGGCGAGUGGGACAUCGUGGCACUGCCCGGCCGCCGCAAUGAGAACCCCGACGACUCCACUUACGUGGACAUCACAUACGACUUCAUCAUCCGCCGCAAGCCCCUCUUCUACACCAUCAACCUCAUCAUCCCCUGUGUGCUUAUCACCUCACUAGCCAUCCUUGUCUUCUACCUGCCAUCCGACUGCGGUGAAAAGAUGACGCUCUGCAUCUCCGUGCUCCUGGCGCUCACCGUCUUCUUGCUGCUCAUCUCCAAGAUCGUGCCGCCCACGUCCCUUGACGUGCCGCUUGUGGGCAAGUACCUCAUGUUCACCAUGGUGCUUGUCACCUUCUCCAUCGUCACAAGUGUGUGCGUGCUCAAUGUGCACCACCGCUCACCCACCACGCACACCAUGGCGCCCUGGGUCAAGGUCGUCUUCCUGGAGAAGCUGCCCACGCUGCUCUUCAUGCAGCAGCCCCGCCACCGCUGUGCCCGCCAGCGCCUGCGCCUGCGGCGGCGCCAGCGUGAGCGCGAGGGAGCCGGCGCCCUCUUCUUCCGAGAAGCCCUGGGCGCCGACGCCUGCACCUGCUAUGUCAACCAUGCGUCGGUGCAGGGCUUGGCUGGGGCCUUCGGCGCUGACCCGGCGCCGGUAGCAGGCCCAGGGCGCUCCGGGGGGCCUUGUGGCUGCGGCCUCCGGGAGGCGGUGGAUGGCGUGCGCUUCAUUGCAGACCACAUGCGGAGUGAGGACGACGAUCAGAGCGUCAGUGAGGACUGGAAGUAUGUCGCCAUGGUGAUCGACCGCCUGUUCCUCUGGAUCUUUGUCUUCGUCUGUGUCUUUGGCACCAUCGGCAUGUUCCUGCAGCCUCUCUUCCAGAACUACGCCACCGCCACCUUCCUCCACGCAGACCACUCGGCUCCCAGCUCCAAGUGAGGCCGUCCCCAGCUCCAUGCUCCUUCACCCCUCUGCCCUCUGUCUUACUAUAGUUUCAGGUGGAUGAGGGACACGUGAGCUCCCAGGAAGAGGGGCGCUGCCCCCACAGGCCCAGUACCUCGAGUCCCUCCCCCCUCCCUUCCCCCACACCCAGCCCAGGCCGACCUGGAGGCUGGACCGGCUGCUCUCUCCUCUUGUACUGACCCAGGCAGUAGUGUUGCUGCUGGAGGAUGAAGGCUGAGAACUGGAGGACGGAGACGUCAGAGCCUUCCACCCUGAGGAAAGUGGGAUGGGGAAGGGGCCAAGACGGGGGCAGAGUCUCUGCUGCCUCCACAUCCCAGGAGAAGGGGUGUGUGGGAGGAGGUGCUGGGCUGGCCCGAUGCCACAGCAGCUCAGAAGGGAGGAGCAAGAGGAGAGAGGCUUGGGUGUGAGCUGAUGUCUGCCCCUGCUUAAGCGGACAGCAGCUCGUCGGCUGGGCCUCAUGGUGGGCAGUGGACCCCCCGUCAGGAAGUUAGGCUGGCUCUGUGGUCAGCGUCCCGGGGGAGGCUUCCAGCCCAGCCCCACAGCCCCUUGCUUCAAAGGGAUCCAGAGCUCAGCCCCAGGUCCCCUUCUCCCAGUGAGUAAUUCUCUGUAUCCCUAGAUUUCCCUUCCCUUCCUUCCUUGCUCAGGCCAGGGCAGUGAGGGGCAGGGCUGGGUAUUAGGAGAGCCUCUGAGUUCUGAGUCUUUGGGAGACCUGCUUGGAGCUUGAGGGCCAAAUUCUUGAACUUGGGUGAAUUCAAGCUCACAGCUGCUUCCCCCCGCCCCACACUUCCUCCCCGCCCCCCAUCCCCACUCCCACCCCUAGUGCCACCAAUUUGAAUAGACUAGUUGUUGAGUAGGUAAACUAAGGAUGUUAGCUUUAAGCAGGCCCAGCCCUUUCGCUCGAGGCAGAGCAGGCUGGGCAGGACGGGGCUGGCUGUGGAGGCUGGCCAAGCAGGGUGUGAAGGGCCAGGACUCUGCCACAUCAGCACAGCUCCUGUCCCGUCCUUCUGCUUCUGUUUCUGGCUCCAAACUCCCUGCUCUGGCCCCUCCCCUGCCCCCUCCCAACCAAACCUGAGCAGGGUUGAAGCAGAACUUCAGAAGGACAGGUCUCCUGCUGCCUGUCUGCACAGAGGGCACAGCCUUAGGCUUCCUGUCCUGUGGGUCCCUGGAGGCUGUAUCCUGAUGCUGCUCCAAGGGGUCGGCUGGAGGCCAGCUGGCCUGUUCACCCAAGAAACAGACCUCUUAAGGGAUCUCCUUGACCCCAUGACCGGCUCUGAUGUGAUCCCAGCCUGGGCUCAGCGCCAGGCCAGCGGGUGAUGGGUCACAGAGGGUCCAUCUGCCAAGGGAACCCAAGGGGCCUGCCCGACACAGACCCGUGCUGUCCUCUGGAGCCCGAUGGAUGCCUGCUUCUUCUUUGGGCACAGCAGAGCUGGACGGGGACCAGAACCCAGAUUCAGGCCCUGACUCUGCCUCUUACUCAGCCACCUCGCCCAAGUCUCUUUGCUGUGCGAGGCCUCGCUUCCUUAUCUAUAAGACGGGGAUAGUAAGGCCCCCUUCGUGGGGCAGCUGCGAGGAAGGAGUGACAUUUGGGAAAAGGCCCUGCAGCUGUACCUGGCACAGAGUAGAUGCUUCGAGAACGUCCUGAACGUUGAGUCUGGUCAGAGCUCAAGGGCACAGCCCACCUGCCUGUCAUGUCAGUCCCCCUCGCAGACCCACCGUUGCCCUUGAGCAAUCAGCCUCCCAAAACUGGGCCUGGGUCUGGGGGAGCUGGCGCUGGAGAGGGAAUGCUGGUGGGUCACCACGGGGCUGCCCGCUGGAGUAGCACACUCGGUUCCCGGGCUGAGCUCCAGCUCGGUCCUUCUACUCUUGGGUCCUCCAGCUCUGGCCUCCCUUCUGGAUCGGCUCUUCCUGACCCCAGCGAGUGCUCAGGGGCGGGGGGGGGGGGGCGGGCAGGUGAUCUAACCCCAUCCUGGCUGUGGGAGAACGUCACUGGGACACGAAACCUGGUAUAAGAUGAGUCCCAGUGCAUCUGCCACCUGCCAGAAUGGGCUGGUGGACCUCUCUCUGGGGGUGAGUGUCUCGGCACCGUGGAGACACCCCUCUUCUAGAACAGCACAUGGAGAGUUGCCUGAAUUAAGCCUGGACCCACCUUGAACUUGUUGCCCUGAGGAAACGUCCCAGAACUGAAACAGCUAGGGGAAAGGAGCCCGUCCUCUGAAGGGUAGGUGCUGGCCCAGGGAUCUCCCGGGCUCCUCACCAGGGCCUGGGCUGCUGGGGAGGCCCCGGCAGCUGCCACUUUUAGUACUUCCCACAAGUGGCUGUUGUCCAGGGAAGUCACCAGACCGUGCCAGGGGGGCUGCUGGAGAGCAGCUUGUCCAGUUCCUUGCCCUGACCCGCCUGACACACAGGAGGCCUGGGGAUGGCUGCCUGACCUCAUAUAAGCACGUCCCUCUGAACUUGCUCGUCCUCUGUGACAUGGGGCUGACGGAGCCGGCUGAGGGCUGCAGCGAGGAAGAGAGGGCUUGAUGUAUAAAGAGAAGGUUAACCGGGUAGGGUCCCUGGGGCCGUGCCAUCCCCUCCAUCACGGGGUGCAGCCCCCUGGGGACCGCGCCAGGGCCAGUGGGGAGGAGGGGAGAUCAGAGGGGGAGCAAAGCGCUCAGGCAAGGAGUUACCACGCAUGUCACUACAGAGUUGGAACCCUUGGGGCUUUGGGAAGCUUUGGCGAACCAGCCUCUUCCACUCUUGGGUCCUCGGGGCCCUCUUCUCUUGGUGUGGUCAGGGCAGGGGGCAGUCUCUGGAGAGAGCUGGGCGCCCAGCUCAGCGCGGGGCGGGACUGGAGGCCCCAGAUCUGAAGGCGGAGGGAGAUCCUGGCUGGAAACCUGAGCAAGGCGGGCUUGAGAGAGGCCACUGAGGAAACGGUUGGGAUUGUCUUCAUUCAGAGGCAGGAAGGCCACAGGCCCUCUGAGACCCAUGUUUGGUUUUUGGUUUUGUUUGAAAAGAGGGCACAAAAGGCUCUGCUUUGGACGGCUGGCACUGUGGCGGGAGGAAGGCGGGCUUCUGGCUGUGAGAGAUCGAGCACUGGCCCAGCUGGCACCAAGUUACUGCAGAUUUAAAAGCCAAUAAGACGCAGGCUGGCCCCCGCUGGCGUUUUUUUUUUUUGGGGGGGGAAGGUCCCUGCAGGAAGGGCAAGGUCGUUUCCUUCGAAGGCAACAGGGAGGAAGGGGGGCUUUGAGUCCUGUUCUGCGGCUCCUCCCAGCCCCAGCGUUGGCUGCUGUGUGCCAGCGGCUGCCCUGGGCCAACUACUUCACACACGCUGUUUAUGCCUGGCCACAGUCCGGCAGGGAAGGGGCCCCUGUUAACCAGAAGAAAACAAGGCUCAGAGACACCAAGAGGGAGCUGGUGAGUAGCGCUGGGUCUGAAACCCAGCCCUGACCCUAGAGGCCAGGCUCUGCGGCCUUGGAGGCAGAGUAGGGAGAGAGCUUCUCGGGUCAGAUGUGAGGGGCACGCAGGGUCUCCUCUGAAUUCCCUCCCUGCUCGGUUCCAGCUGUCACCUCCUGAUCAGGGGCAGCGUUGGGCUGGCGUCACAGCAUCCCUCACAGGCCAGUCGCCCACGCAGACUAGACAAGAGACUAAGCCCCCAGCGCUCAGUGUUCACCCCACAGGCCUUGGGCUCAGUGUGACAGUCACAUGGUUCCUCAGGGACUGUGGGUCUAGGAUCUAUUAGGACACCUCGCUCACCUGCCCACAGUGCCCCGUCCCCCACACUGGCCUUGGCCACGCCUCCUGUCUGUGCUCCUGGAAUAUUUGCACCGGUCUGGCCCACUCCAGGCCAGCCUCAUUAGGAACUCAAGAUUCUCAUAAAGAAAGUUGUUUCCAAGGAUGUCUUAUGUCUCUGUUAUAUUUGGGGGGCGAGGCGGGAGGGAAAUCCCCACAGGCCAGGGUUGGCGGAUAAGAGAAAAGCGGCGAACGCUGGGGAAAUCAUGAGAGGUUAAAGGCAUUACAAGAAUCUAAAGCAAAAGAUCUGUGGUGACAUCAAAGAGGGCAAUUGAGUGCCUUACAAGUCCAUUCAUGAAAUGGCUCCUGGGGAAGCCUUCUGUAGAGGUGGGGACCUGGAGGACAGGGUGGCCAGGGCCUUGUCCCAGCCCCUGCGCUCCGGGAGGUCAGGGCUAUCUGUGGAGCACCGAUGUGAUCCGGGCUCGUGUUCAAUUGUGCAGGAUGCACGGCAACUGAGAGGCAGAGCUGGAGGAAACCCGUCUUGGGCUCCGUGAGGCAGCCUCGUUUCCCAGCCCACCCGGAGCUGGUGGCGGGGUGACACGUUCUUAUCGUGUUCUUACGUCAUGCACUCACCUCAGGUCUGAAGCGAUCAGUCCUGGAUGCUACGUUUCCCUCCAGGUGGGACCAGAUGACGGAGAACAGAGGACAGGUGCUCAAGGAUCCUGGUGCUUCAUGGCAGGUGGCGACACGGUCCUUGGCUGUCUGUGAAAACUGUUCAGCUCGCUCAGUAGUGUAUUUCACCAGACUACGAGCAACACCCGUGCAGAGUUCUGGGCCCUAACAAAUGUGCUCCCUAACACGGUUGCUGGCCCUCCUGGCCUCAGCUGUCCCAUCUGUACAGCGCAUGAGGGGAGAGGUUUCCUUAGGACUUAGGAAGCCUCGCUGUCAGUUCAUGUCCUCUGGCGUGGUAUUUUCACAAGGUCAAGGAAGAGUCUUGUAGAAGAAAGUCUGGACUAAACUGCAGUGUGGAAAAGCUGUGUGUUUUCUUUGAAAUCAAGAUAGGGAAAUAUUCUGGAUGCCAUCUAUGAGGUAAAAAGCAAACGGCCUGUCUUCUAAGAUGGCAGCCAAGCCACUUCUGAUCCAGGCUGUAAUUUUUUUGCCAAAUAUGCACUUCCCUGAGGGUAAAAGAGCUGGGGGUGGAAGGUUGUAGAAAGCCCUCCAGGUGAGCUGGGGUUGCAGAUGGGAUCUGGGAUGCGGUCUCAAGGGUCGCUUUCCUAACCUGGGCCUUGAAAUCUUGCAUAGCAAGUCUGGGGAAAAAUAUUUGAUGGUGGGCUCUGAUGGGGAAGGGGAGCGAGGAGCUGGGGACGUGACGAGAGGUGGCCGGAUGUACCCCGUGCAUCAGACACCAGCUCACCUCCCAGGCAGUCCUCUGACAGGCUCCGCUCUACAGGCUCACGGAGACCCUCUCCCCAGGUUCUAUGUCAGAAGCAGCCACCAGAAAUUCCAUGGGCACAGCUCCCUCCGUCCCCACGUCCUCGUCCCCCAAGAAACCAAGACUUGAGGCUUUCUAACAAUUCAGAUUUUUCUUUUUUUUUUAUUUAUGAGGAAUGUAUAUUGUUAAGUCACUUUACCAAAGGACACACAGAAGCAGAAUCAUAAAACUGACUGCGGCCAUCGUGGCACCCAAGCCUCUGCUUGGGCUUUUCUCUACUCCGCACUUGGAGUCACUAUCGAGACCCCAAAACCCACAAGGUCUCCUCAACGUGGGUAAAAGAAAUAGCUUGCAGCGGUGACAAUUUUUACAAGUGAUUAUAUUCAAAGAAUACACAAUAGCCACAGUUUAGACAAAUCAACUACAAAGAUCAUUAAAAAAAAAAAAAAAAAA